UCGCGUGGAACCGUUCUUAGUUGGAGUCAACUGGUGACGGGACGUGGAUGUGUAUAUUUCGCUGAUGUGAAAGCGCCCCCGUUUUGCGAAGGAAUUUUUUUUUGGUGGUAUCUCUCUUUCCCACAAUUGUGACGGCAGUCAGUUUGUGCUACAUGUGGCGCUGUUUAUUCGGUCGAAUUUUCUGCUGAUCACGCGAUUCGAUUUUUCGUGCGUUCGCUUGGAGUGCCGCAAAGAUAACCAGGGGCUUGUGAAGAUAAUUUAGUGUGUUUGCAGCGAACAGCACACGGUUGGCGAUAAAGUGGUGCAAUCCGUUAGUGCAGCAGCUUGGGGGAAUUAUUCUUGGGUCAAAGUGUGUGAUAUUUGUUUCCAUCACAGAAGAGAAAUCGUAAGAAAAGAAAAGCAUUUUGUUACGCAAAGUGAAUGGCGCCCUUUGAGUGGCUGAAAUGUGUCGAAAAUUGAUUCCCUCCUAAGGGAAUUAGUGUUAGUUUUCUAUCUUUGUAGUUUUGCUGAUUUUUUCGGGUAUACUCCGGUGGGAAUACCUGGAAAAAGCUUCACCAAUUAGCAGUGUUUCGGGAGCGGCGUUCAGCCGCAAACUCACCGACGAAGAGCCGAGUCGAAGAAGCGGAAAAGGAACGGAACAAUAACACACAAAAAACAUGUCAUCGACGGAGCUCUACGUUAAGGACGCCCGGGUAUGGAUACCUCACCCGGAAACAGUUUGGCAGGGCGCAGUGGUGUUGGCAGACUACAAGGAAGGUGAUACCGCCCUCGAGUUGAUCACCGAGCGGCUGGAAAAACACACCGUUCAUCUCAAGUCAAAUUCAGACCUGCCGCCACUACGCAAUCCUGCCAUUCUGAUCGGCCAGAAUGAUCUCACAGCGCUGUCCUAUCUGCACGAACCGGACGUGUUGUACAACCUGGAAGUUCGCUUCUGUGAUCGCCAUGCCAUCUACACCUACUGUGGGAUCGUGUUGGUGGCGAUCAAUCCGUACGCCGAGAUGCCACUGUACGGGGCGGAUCUGAUCCGUGCCUAUCGGGGUCAUUCGAUGGGUGAGCUGGAACCCCACAUCUUCGCGGUGGCAGAGGAGGCGUACGCUAAGCUGGAGCGGGAGAAAUGUGAUAUUAGUAUAAUUGUUAGUGGUGAGUCGGGUGCGGGUAAGACCGUAUCGGCGAAGUAUGCUAUGCGAUACUUUGCCGCCGUUGGGGGCAGUGAGUCGGAGACUCAGAUCGAGAAGAAAGUAUUGGCCAGCAGUCCGAUUAUGGAGGCCAUUGGUAACGCAAAGACAACGAGGAAUGACAAUAGUUCCAGAUUUGGUAAAUUUACCAAGUUGCUGUUUACGAACAACAUCUCAAUGAUGUCGCUUACGGGUGGCACGAUGCAAACCUAUUUGCUCGAAAAAUCUCGAGUAGUAUUCCAGGCUCCGGGUGAACGAAACUAUCAUAUAUUUUAUCAGCUUUGCGCUGCGCGACAGCAGUGGCCCGAGCUUAUGCUGGAUCACCAGGAUAAGUUUCAUUUCCUGAAUCAAGGCAAAUCACCCGACAUUGCGAGGGUAUCCGAUGAGAGUCAAUUCAAGGAGACAACGAAUUCGCUGAAAAUACUAGGCUUCGAUGGGUCGGAAAUUAAUGAUAUCAUGAAGAUGGUAGCAGCUGUGUUACACCUGGGGAAUGUUUCGUUCAGUCAUAAGUUCAAAAAGCAGACCCAUGAAAUGGAUCAGGAAGCUUGCAGUGUCGCGUCGGAUGAUCUACAUUUGAAUGUUUUCAGCGAUAUCCUGAAGCUGAACCGUGAUGAACUGCGCAAGUGGCUUGUCACCCGGCAGAUCGAGUCGAUCAAUGAUAGUGUUUUAAUUCCUCAGAAUAAAACCCAAUCGGAAGCGGCUCGAGAUGCCCUGGCUAAGCAUGUGUACGCGGAAAUUUUUCAGUACAUCGUGGCAAAGAUCAAUCGGAACUUGGCUGGCGGAAAGAAGCAGAAUUGCUUUAUAGGUGUUCUGGAUAUUUACGGCUUCGAAACAUUCGACAUAAAUUCGUUCGAACAGUUCUGCAUCAACUACGCCAACGAGAAGCUCCAGCAGCAGUUCAACCAGCAUGUGUUCAAGCUGGAACAAGAACAAUAUCUCAAAGAGGGCAUCGAAUGGAAGAUGAUCGACUUCUACGAUAACCAACCAUGUAUCGAUUUAAUUGAGGCUAAGUUGGGAAUUUUAGACUUACUGGAUGAAGAAUGCCGGAUGCCACGAGGAUCAGACGAGUCCUGGAUCGGGAAACUGUUCGAGAAGUGUAAAAAGUAUAAACACUUCGACAAGCCACGUUUCGGAACGAGUGCGUUUCUGAUUAAACAUUUCUCCGACACUGUUCAGUACGAAUCACAGGGAUUCCUGGAGAAGAACCGUGACACUGUGUCCAAGGAGCUGGUUAACGUGCUUCGGAUGUCGGAGAUGAAGUUGUGCCAUAAAUUGAUGAAAGCCCACGAUGAAGAGUCGCCCGAAGCGGCAUCGGAAACACGAAGUGCUGGAGUUAAGCUGGUCGUUUGUGCGGCCAAGAGUCAGCCGGCAGAUAAACGGAGAAAGCCGAUGACACAGAAGCAACAAAGGAAGACAGUGGGAUCCCAAUUUAGAGAUAGUUUAACGCUAUUGAUCACUACGCUCCAUAAUACUACACCACAUUAUGUGAGGUGCAUUAAGCCGAACGAUGACAAGGCAGCCUUCAAGUGGGAGGCACCGAAAAUUGUCCAGCAACUACGAGCGUGUGGUGUGCUGGAAACGGUACGUAUUUCAGCGGCCGGAUUUCCAUCUCGUUGGACCUAUGAGGACUUCUACGAGCGCUAUCGGCUGCUGUGCAAGCGGGCGCAGAUUGUGGACUGGAACGUGAAGGCAACGUGUACCAACAUUGUACGCAACUGGUUGACGGAAAGCGACAAGUAUAGGUUGGGUAACACGCAAAUAUUUUUCCGUGCCGGCCAGGUUGCUUACCUGGAGCAGUUGCGAAGUGACGUGCGAAAGAAACACAUCAUACUGGUACAGUCGCUGAUCAGGCGAUUCAUCUGUCGAAACAAAUACAGGAGGUUGAGGCGAACCGCACUGGGGUUGCAACGUCAUGCCAGAGGAAUGCUUGCCAGAAAGAAAGCGGACAAUCUGCGGAAGAACCGAGCAGCGAUCAAAAUACAACGAUAUAUCCGAGGAUGGCUGCAAAGAUCCAAAUACCGACGGCUUCGGAAAACGGUUCUUGGAUUGCAGGCGCAUGCCCGCGGGCUGCUGUCGCGUCGCAAAUUCAAAAAUGCUUUGGAUAAUUACAAAGCGAUCGAAAUACAACGCUUCUGCCGUGGUGUUUUGGCUCGUCAACGCACCAAGAAACGACUGGCGGAUAUCAUAAAAUGUCAAGCGACAAUUCGUCGUUUCCUGGCUCGACGCUUGUUUAAACGAAUGAAGGCGGAAGCUCGAACCAUUUCUCACAUACAGAAGAUGUACAAAGGAUUGGAGAACAAGAUUAUCGAACUACAACAGCGUUACGAUCAGAUAUCAAAGGAAAAUUCUGCUCUGAAGAAGCAAAAUGCAGAAAUUCCUGAAAUGCGACAGAAGUUGACAGCCAUGAAGCAACAAGAGAACGAAUUGAAAGCGCUGAAGUUUCAGCUUGAGCAAAAGGACGAGAAAUUGUUAAUCGUUAUCAAACAACUGGAAAACGAGCGGGACGAAAAAAUGAUUCUAUUGGAGGAGAAGCAAAAAGAGGAAGAGGAUCGAUUGAAAGAACGCACGCUGAUGGAACAAGAUCUAGCUAAAAUGCGUGUCCAAGUCAACGAAAUUAACGAUGUUUCGAAGUUGGAACGAGAUCGUCUCCUCUCCCAGGCCGAUUCGAAAGAAAUUCAUGCUGCCUAUCAGCGUAUGGUGAAGGAGAAGGAUCAGUUGGAGAACGAGAACAACGCAUUGAAGCAUGAGCUUCGACGACUUCAGAACGUCGUUAGCAACUCGCACGAGCUGAAAACACACUCCCGCUCUGUCAGCAAUGCAUCCAGCGUGAACGAGGAAGAUUACGGUUACAAUUCCGGCAAGAACACGCUGGAAAUACGACGAUCGCCACAAUCGCACGAAGGUGAAAUUAAUAAUAACCACAAGCUUGUUAGCGGUAGUGUUAGUGCAGGUGGAUCUGUUUGUUCCUCCGCUUUUGCUUCAAUGACAGGAUCUGCUCUGGCAGCUCCGUUUAGUAGCAACAGUGGUAGUGGUAUUAGCCUCUCGGUAGGUAAUCUCUCUAGUCAGAGCACCAUGGAACCACCGGUCAAAGCGAAGGUCGCUUCGAUAGAUUUUGACCGCAGUUUCAAGACACCUCCCGCGUCGUUUAUCAUGCUGAAAGACCACUCAACGCCGAACACUAACGACUCACCGGAGAAAGACCAAACGAUGCUGAUUUUGAAAAUGCGUAAUUUGUUCGAGGAAGAAAAAGCCAAGAGUGAGCAGCUGCGGCGUGAAGUGGCUCGUUUCCGCAAGAGCUCCUCCUUCAGCACCGAGGACUCGAUUCGGGCCUCCGAGCUAGAGGUGGAAAUUGAGAAACUACGCCAGGACUACAAUCUGCUGCGGAAUAGCAUCAAGCGUGGCGUAGAGGACAGGGAGAUUGACGCUCAGCACUUGGCUUUGCAGGAGGAGCUUAAGCGCAGGCGGGACGAAUGCAUCUCGCUGAAGGCGGUUCUGGCGCAGCAAAGUCACUCGCUGCGAACGUUGGGACAGUCGCAGAUUCACCCGAACGGCGGGGACAAUAGCAUGAGGAUACACGACGAGGGCGAGCUGAUGGAAGCGUUCCAGGCCCAGAAGCUGGUCAAUAGGCAGCUGGAAUCGGAGCUGCGAGCGAUGAUGAAUGCGAACAAUGAGACGUUAGUGGAGAAUAACAAGAUCAUUGAUGAACUCCGGAAGGAGGUGCAGGAUUUGCAGAUGAUACUGCAAGGGAGAAUGGACAACGCGAUGGACAUUAACGUUGAUAUGUUGAAGCAAAAUGAACACUAUCUGAAGCACGAGCUGAAAAAAUCUGCGGCUGCGUAUGCGGAUCUCCAGGAGCAAGUCAACCAGUUACUAGCGAAGAUCAACGAACUGACCAAGAAGAAUAACAUUCUGUCCAAUCGAUUGCGUGAUCACGGUUUGAAUGAUUCGAUUCUUAUGAGCGAAGAAUUCCAGCACAUGGUCAUGGUGAAGAAGAAGGCACAGUCCUAUCAGGGAAUAUUGAAGUAUCGUCAUGAGGACGAAAAUAAAAUCAUUCAACGGUUGGUGACCGAUUUGAAGCCGCGCGUCGCGGUCACUUUGGUACCCAGCUUACCCGCUUAUGUUGUGUUUAUGUGUAUAAGAUAUACCGAUCUGGUCAACACUGAUCAACAUGUGAGGUCUCUGUUGACACGAUUCGUGCAGAUGAUUAAACGAUUGUACAAACUGCCGAACCCAGCUGAGAUUCGCGUUAUGUGGCUAGUCAACACUCUCACGUUACAUAAUUUGCUGAAACAAUUCGGUGGCUACGCAGAAUACAUGCAGUACAACACUGAGGUUCAGAAUCAGCAGCAGCUCAAAAACUUCGACCUGUCCGAAUACCGGCAGGUGAUCUACGAGACAAUAAUCCUGAUGCAUGGGGUGUUGCUGAGGCAAAUUCAGGAAUCGAUAAAGCAGUUCAUCGUGCCUGCCAUUUUGGACCACGACGAAACGGCUCGCGGGAAGAGCAGAGGCCGCACGAUGUCUCUGGACAUGUCUCCGGAGCAGAAUCGGGAACCGAAGACACUGGUGCAGCAGCUGGAUAUGUUCCACAAGAGUUUGAGCAGCUUCGGAACGGAGAAUUAUUAUAUUGAGCAAAUCUUUAAACAGUUAAUGUAUUACAUAUGUGCGGUCGCCGUCAACAAUCUGAUGCUGCGGGGAGAUCUCUGCAUGUGGAAAACGGGUAUGAAGAUACGAUACAACGUGAGCUGUUUGGAGGGAUGGAUCCGCACCAUGGCAAUGGAUCCGGAUGUAGUGAAACCGUUGGAACCAUUGAUUCAGAUAUCGCGCAUUCUGCAAGCCCGCAAGAACGAGGAAGAUGUACAAACGUUGCUGGAGCUUAGCACCUGCCUGACUACGGCACAAAUUUUGAAGAUCAUCAAAUCAUACACGACGGACGAUUGCGAAAAUGACAUUAAGCCUAUAUUUAUUGAGAAGCUGACCAAGCAGCUCAACGAGCGUUCCAACCAAAGUGAGUCUGAUACGUACAUGAUGGACGAGGAGAUUGUUAGUCCCCUGGUCGUGGUGUACAAAUACAGUGAAAUUAAUUUGGAAGAGAUUGACAUUCCGGAAGAACUCAAUCUGGAAGGGUUGGUCACAAAGAUCUAAGCAGAACUGUAAGUAUUUAUUAAUUCGCGCAUUUUCGAAUGGCUGCAAGCAGGACCAAAAGACACCGAUCGAGAGACAAAAACCGAAUCGUUAUUUGUUGAGAUGUUGCGAAAGUUGAGGAAUUUUAUACUAGAAAGAUAUAUUUACACGUUCGUUUGUUACCAUCGAGAGAAAGAAUUGUUCUGAGACGUUCACAUAGAUGCGUUUGUAUGACAAACGCAUUACCGCGACGUCGAAAACCUGAUUUAUGUACAAGUGCAAUUGGCCUUUAUCCUCGUGGGGGAGAAAAAUCAACUUUUUAUGCCUUCCAGUUGUUAAUCAUGAAAUGCAUUUAUUACUUUUUGGGGCUCCUCGCAAAAAAAUCGGGGAGACUGAAAAGACGUUACAUUUUGUUGCAUUACAAAUCAUUUCUCUUCUGUGUCUCAACAUUAAGCAUAGCAGAGGGGGAAAAAACAAACAAAAGCAUUAGUUGGCAACGAGUGUUCGAAUAGGUAAUAUUUAUUGAAAGCGACAGAGAUGGAACACAUUGCACUAGCAAUCUUACCAUGGCAGAACACACAAAACACCCGUUAAUGAAUCAUGUAACACAAUAUUAGUGAAUAUUCUAACAAAUUAGUGAAUAUAAUAGAAAUUCAAUACACGCAUUUAACGUGAUCCUAGAAAUUCCAUGUACUUAUAAGCUGUGAGUAGAAACAUUAUGAACCAAUAAAGUAUCACUUAUUUAGAGUACUUACCUUGAAA